AUGCAUUCCUUCUCUUUGACGCAGGCUUUCGUCUUCGGUCUUUUGGCCACUGGCCCUCUUGCUGCUGGAUUCAGUCUCGGGGGUGACGUUCAGGAUGUGGAAAAGAGACAUGUGGGUUCUCUUGCUUCCAUCGCUUCGAAAGUGGUUCGAGAGGUGAUUCCGGAAAUUGCACGCCGUCACCACACAGAGGCCCAGAUUGCUGCCAAAGAAGCGUCAGCGGCCAAGAAGCAUCAACGUCGUCAGGCACCGGAUGAGUUCGGCCCAUGGGACAGUGAGGAGGACGAAUUCGGCUCCUGGGUUGACAAGAGAUCUCCGAGUCCCCAUCACACCGAAGCUCAAAUAGCAGCCAAGGAAGCCGCGGCGGCCAAAAAGCACCAGAGAAGAGAUCCCCAUCACACUGAAGCUCAAAUUGCUGCCAAAGAAGCAGCGGCAGCGAAGAAGCAUCAACGCCGUCAGGCCCCCGACGAGUUUGGGCCAUGGGACAGCGAAGAAGACGAAUUCGGCUCCUGGGUUGACAAACGAUCGCCCCAUCACACCGAAGCGCAGAUCGCAGCCAAAGAAGCUGCCGCGGCCAAGAAGCACCAGCGAAGAGAUCCCCAUCACACCGAGGCUCAAAUCGCAGCCAAAGAGGCCGCAACUGCGAAAAAGAACCACAAGAGGGACCCGCAGGCGCCCGAUGAAUUCGGCCCCUGGGACAGCGAGGAGGACGAAUUCGGGUCCUGGGUCGACAAGCGAUCUCCCAGCCCGAGCCCUCACCACACCGAAGCUCAGAUUGCAGCCAAGGAGGCGGCCGCGGCCAAAAAGAACCAUAAGAGGGGACCCCACCACACCGAAGCCCAGAUCGCCGCCAAAGAAGCCGCCGCGGCCAAGAAGAACCACAAGAGAGACCCCCAGGCUCCCGAUGAGUUUGGUCCCUGGGACAGCGAGGAGGACGAGUUCGGGUCUUGGGUCGACAAGCGAUCUCCCAGCCCGAGCCCUCACCACACUGAAGCCCAAAUUGCCGCAAAGGAGGCCGCAGCAGCGAAGAAACACCAGAGACUCGGAAGAGACCCCCAUCACACCGAGGCCCAGAUUGCAGCCAAGGAGGCGGCCGCGGCUAAAAAGGGACAUGGAAAUUAA